AUUUCGUAUUUAGUUGUGCUAAAACGUUUGAUCGUUGAAGAUGGCGGUAGUACUAUUCUGUCGAAUUGUUUGGUCAUUACGGCGGGAAUAGUGGAUCGUAUUCUUAUAUAUAGCAAAAAUGGAUAAAUAAUUUUAUAUAUUUUUACAUAUGUAAAAUGAAUCCGUUAACAAAAAUGAUAAUACACAAUAAAAUAACAAACAAUAAAAAAUAAAGAUAAAAAUAUUUUUUUAAAGCAAAGAAACAAGUGCCAAAGUGUGGGUAGUUACAGUGUGUAUUCAAGUCUCCUGUUCUUGUCAAAAUUGUUAAAAAAACACAUAGAAAUUAAUAAAAAUUCCAUAAAGAUUACGUUUAAAAUUCAUAAAUCAAUAAUAAGAAGUGCAGUAUUAAAUCGAUCGCAGAGGUGCAAUAAAAUUAAAUUGAAUACAUUAAAAAAUGUGUAAUUCAAAUGACCACCAAUUUGGUAACUUCAUAAAAAAAAAGAAAAUAACAAUAAUAUAAAUACAAAAAACGUGUACAAAAUACAAUUUACACACAAUGCCUCACAAUAGUCAUAGUUCACAUUCUCGUCAUGGUGGCUCAUCCAGUGACGACUUAGGUAGUACAGAUGAAGUUAAAGUCUUUAAAGAUGAAGGAGAUCGUGAAGAUGAGAAAAUUUCAUCGGAAAAUCUUUUAGUAGAGGAAAAAUCUAGCUUGAUUGAUUUAACAGAAAGUGAGGAAAAAAGUAGUAAAAUAACGGCUCGGCCAGACCAUAGCCCAGUAUUUGGAAAACUAGAACCUCACUCUACUAAUUUUAGCAUGGGCUAUCUUGUAUCUCCGUAUUCAUAUUCCAAUGGCGGUGCUGGAGGACUUCCGGUAACAAUGGCAAACAAAAUUGGGUUACCUCCUUUUUUUUGUCACAACGGAGAUCCUCUAACAACGCCUCCUCCUGCGCAUUGUGGCAUACCUCCUUAUCAACUGGAUCCAAAAGCUAUGGGUUUAACGCGACCGGCAAUCUAUCCAUUUUCUUCAAGUCAGUAUCCCUACCCAAUCCUGAGUCCGGAUAUGUCGCAAGUAGCGUCGUGGCACACGCCAUCGGUGUAUUCCGCUGCAUCGACUUUUAGAAACCCAUAUCCAUCUUCGUUACCCAUUAAUACGACAAUACCAAGUGAUUUCCCGUUUCGAUUUUCGCCAAGUUUGAUGCCUUCAGUUCAUAGUUCACCUCAUCACGUGCUUAACUCGCAUCCUGCUGUCGUAACGCCUGGACCAAAGCAGGACUGUGGCCAGGAUUCGACGACGAAUCAUCGAUUUUCGAGAAACUUAGAUACCAAAAAUUCCACAAAUUCACAAAGCAACGAAUGCAAAGACAGUUCGGACGACAAAAAAAAGCCGCACAUCAAGAAACCGCUGAACGCUUUUAUGCUUUACAUGAAGGAGAUGCGCGCGAAAGUCGUUGCGGAGUGCACGCUCAAGGAAUCUGCAGCUAUAAAUCAAAUAUUGGGUAGAAGAUGGCAUGAACUGACCCGAGAAGAGCAAAGUAAAUACUACGAAAAAGCGCGCCAAGAACGUCAGUUGCAUAUGGAAUUGUACCCAGGGUGGAGUGCACGAGACAACUAUGGUUAUGUGUCGAAAAAGAAAAAGCGUAAAAAAGACAGAUCGCCCGCGGAUUCGGGAGGAAAUAAUAUGAAGAAAUGUCGGGCACGUUUUGGUCUCGAUCAGCAGAAUCAGUGGUGCAAACCUUGCAGACGUAAAAAGAAGUGUAUCCGAUAUAUGGAAGUGGCGAAUAGUUAUACUGAUAAAGAUGAACAAUUCAAUGGGUCCGAGGAUAUGGAUGGACAUAUAAGUGAUGAUGAUGAUGAAAAUGACAAUAUAGGCAGUUGUGAUAGCAUUGAUGACAGCAAAACUGUUGAUGAAGAUUCCGAAUCACUUAAUCAAUCAUUGUCUAGUCCAGGUUGCUUAAGUGGAUUAUCCAGCUUGCAAAGUCCAUCAACAAGUUUAGCUAGUCCACUGAACUUAUUAAAUAGUCCAGCAGCUCCAACAGCAUCUUUAUUGUUACCUAAUAAUGACCAGCAGCCUCCGCAACAAGUUUCUUUACAUAAUUUAAAUCAAAAUAUUGGAACACAACAAACAAUAUCGCACCAACAUCAAAAUCCGCAGCAAACACAACAAAAACCAUCAUCUUCGAAUCACAAACAAAAUACUGCUACUACUUCUGCUACAUCUGAAAAAUAUGAAACGAGUUCUACUUCCACACCUGCAUUAAUGUCAUUACUGCCAACCCACUCAACUACCUCAUCGACGUCAAGUAUUGCAUCUAGCUCCGGAUUAGGAACUGGAUCUAGUAAUUCAAGUACGUCAUCUCCUGCAUCUUUUUCAGAUCGAAUGAUGCGUUCACUUUUGAGUUCUAGUCCUGCGAUGUUGCUAGGAAAUCGUUUUAGUCAUUUGGCUAUGGGAAUUAAUAGCAAUGAGCAUCAUACUCCACAUCAUCUUUCAGCAGGUUUAGCAACUGUGGUCAACAACAAUGGUUACACAGUUGAUAGUAAUAGCGUUAAGUCUGCCCAUGAUGUAUUAGUAGAUUCGUUACCAUAUAAUAAUCCAUUGCUUCCCAAUGACGCGUCUAUGAAGGAUUUAGUAUCGAUAUCAACGGUAUUACCGUCAGUAAAUAAACUAACGAAUACUGGUAUAAUACCUCUUCCUGUUACAUGCACAUCAAUUCCUUCACCUGUUAACUUUUCACCCGCAGAUCUACUAUUUGAAAAAUCAAUUCCACAUCACCGGAGUCCAAUUGGUGCAAAUCCUAGAGAUAUAAAUAAUCCACUUAGUAUAAAUCAAUUAACAAAAAGAGGUGAUAACAACUACAAUAAUUAUAGUAAUAAUCAGUCCGAUGUGAACGUUAUAAAUAGCAGUAGUAAUAGCAGUUUCUUAGCUAAUCCAUGUUCCACUUUGGCAGCUAAUACUAAUACAAAAUGCACAACAGAGGAGAAUACUACAAUAGCUAGGCCAAUAGCAGCAACAGCAACACCAACAAUAUCGUCAAUUUCAGAUUUAGGAGCAAAUGAACGCAUGCAGCAACGCUCACCAUUAAGACAAGAUACCACAAGUUCACUUCAUCUGAGACUUCAGCAAGAAUACAAUAGCCAUGUGCAUAAUCAUAAUUACAUACCACAUGCGAUAUUUAAAAAUAAUUUUAGUCAUUUUAGUCAUCGCUUAGUCUCAGUUUCUGGGGAAACCACUACAAAUACUAAUCAAAGCAGUGCCAUUACACAAACUAAUAAUAAUACACACCUUGUUGAGAAUUCAGCGUUAGCCGUUUUGGAAAAUUCCAACAGCAGCCAAAGUAGUAAUGUCAAUAACAAAAACAAUGGCAGGAGCGGCGAUGGAAGUGGGAGCGGCAUCAUAAUCAAUAACAUUAGCAGCAGUAGUGAAGCCCAGGAAAGUAGCAAACAAGAUGCAACUUCAUCAAGCAAGGAGAAUGGUGCAAUAAGCGUUAUAUAACGUUUGCAAAUGGUAGUGUAUAAUGUGUUAGUAAUAAUAACAGCAAUGAUCAUAUUGCUAAUAGCAACUUCUUGAACUAUAUAUUGAACUGUACGUAUAAAAAAUACUAAAGAAGAUUGUUUAUCUUUAUAUUGAAACACAAAACUAAAUUAUAAAAAUUAUAAAAAUGAU